CAAAGCUUUUUGGACGUGUCGUGCACUGCGUAUAACAAAUCGACGGAAAUACGUCACUCCCUGUCGGUGUCAAGGGUCAGGCUCGCUCUUUCUACUUCCUUUCCCGUUAUCGUCGGCCAUAGAGCACCAUCAAGAUGGGCAAGUUUAUGAAACCUGGUAAGGUGGUGAUGGUCCUGGCUGGACGUUAUGCCGGACGCAAGGCUGUGAUUGUCAAGAACAUUGAUGAUGGCACCUCAGACCGUCCUUACAGCCAUGCUCUGGUCGCAGGCAUUGACCGUUAUCCUCGUAAGGUCACAACAACCAUGGGCAAGAAGAGGAUUGCCAAGAGGUCCAAGAUCAAGGCCUUUGUGAAGGUGUUCAACUACAACCACCUGAUGCCAACCAGAUACUCUGUUGACAUUCCUCUGGACAAAACUGUUGUCAACAAGGAUGUUUUCAGGGAUCCUGCUCUGAAGCGCAAAGCCAGGAGAGAGGCCAAGGUUAAGUUUGAGGAGAGGUACAAGACAGGCAAGAACAAAUGGUUCUUCCAGAAGCUCCGAUUCUAAGCUUUCAUUGGUUUCGCAAAUAAAUCUGUAAAAAUCCCACAAAGUGUUGUUUGCCUUAUUUCUGUUCUUAUCUGCUUAUCUUAUAUUAUUUCUUGAGUCAUUGUAUUUAAAGGUUAGUUCACCCAAAAAUGAAAAUUCUGUCAAAUUACUCACCCUCGUGUCAUUACAAACCUGUAAGACCUUUGUUUAUCCUCAGAAGACAAAUUAAGAUAUUUUUUAAGAAAUCAGAGCUCUUUCUGACCCGGCAUAGACUGCAACACAACUGACACGUUCAAGGACCAAAAAGGUAGUAAGAACAUUAAAAUAGUCCAUGUGACAUGCAUCGUGGUACUGUGGUAAACGUGUGUCAAACUGAGAGGGAGAAAAAAUGAAUACAACAUUAUUUUUUUCUUUGCACACAAAAAGUAUUCUCAUAGCUUCAUAACAUUACAGUUGAACCACUGAUGUCACAUGGACUAUUUUAAUGAUGUCCUUACUACCUUUCUGCGCAUUAAACAUGGUAACUGCGUUUAUGCAUGGUCAGAAACUCUUGGAUUUGAUCAAAAAUAUCUUAAUUUUGUGUUACGAAGAUGAACAAAAGUCUUGAAAUGACAUGAGAGUGAGUAAUUAAUGACAUUUUAGUUUUGGGUGAACUAUCCCUUUAAUUCUUUGAUUGAUUGCAUACAUUGCUUGAUUUAUAAUUUCUUAUUAGAGUCAUCUGUCUGGUCUGAAGUAACUAUUCACAUUGUAAAAAUGUGUCAUCAUUCAGAGUGUUGCAUCACCUAAAAUAUUUGUGAACAAUAUUGAAAGCUGUAAGCCAAGUGGUAAUGCAGACCCACACGGUUUAGUUCCUGUAACUGUUUUUAAACUCUUGAAUAUUGGACUCAUAUAAAAGGCAUAACAGCUGUGACAUCCACCCUAUGACAGCUAUGUUUGUUAAAAAUGGAUGAGCUCACCUGUUGAUGUGGUGUUCAACAAUGAAUUGCAGAAUCUCAAAAUAAAUCUAUAACUGUUAA